AUAUUACAUAAAUAGGACGUGGGAAUAGAAUUUGCUGCAUUCGAGGUUGCAUAAUUGGUUUGUGAAAAAAAGUGGUGGAAAAUAUUAACCAUACAAAAUGCAGAUUUCCAGUAAAUUGUCCAUAAUUUUGGGGGUGGCAGUCCUACUAUCGUCAGGAAAUGCCCAAUCACCCACACCUUCGCCAGAUUUCGAUUGUCCCUCCUUUGACGACUCUAUCCACCCCGACCCUCGCGAUUGUUCGAUGUACUUCGUCUGCACGAACGGUCUCGCUUGGCAUGAAUCCUGUCCCCCUGGCUUGCUCUUUGACCCCACAAUUCUCGAAUGCAACUGGCCACAUCUCGUCCAAUGUGCGGGAUCCGGUCCAACCACCACCGUCAGAACGACGGUACCUCCUUCACCAACCACCACGGCAGCCCCACCAUCCUCCGGACCCACAAACCCACCUCCCUCCACCACCCAAGGCCCCACCGACGAAACUGAUCAACCCUCCACGACACCCGCUCCCACUACGUCCGCCCCCAUUUCCACGACCUCACCCCCCGAAGGGUUCGAAUGCCCCACUCUUGACGGCACUUUCCCCCACCCCGCGGACUGUAAUGCUUAUUACGUCUGCGAGGGCGGUGUCCCAUCGGUCGCCCACUGUCCACCUGGACUUCAUUACGAUCCCAUCCUGCAAGUCUGCAACUGGCCGGAAGAUGCUGGAUGUCAAGUUCCUCGCCUCAUUUUUAAGAAACAUUAACCCAACAUUUGCGUAUAAAUAUGUACAUAGUUUAGUUUCAUACAUCAACUCUUAGUUUACUUUAGCACGUAAUAAAUGGAGUUUAAAUGCGAAAAUUAGC